AUGCAGGGUCCUAUCAGGUGGUGGGCUCGCGAGCAUCGUGUCCAUCAUCGAUACACUGACACUCCCGAUGAUCCAUAUAAUAUCAAACAAGGCUUCUGGCAUGCACACAUUAUGUGGAUGAUUGUCAAGCAACCAAAGAGGGCAGCUCGUGUGGACAUAUCAGAUUUGAAGGCCGAUCCAGUUGUUGUUUGGCAAGAGCGGAAUUAUAUCAUUCUCGCCUUGCUGAUGGGUUGGGCGUUUCCUGCGACCUUGGCCGGCUUUUGUUGGAAUGACUGGUACGGCGGCUUUCUUUACGCAGGUAUCAUUCGGAUGUUUCUCACCCAUCAAGGUGUGUUCUGUAUCAAUUCGGUUUGCCACUACCUCGGGGAUCAGCCUUAUGAUGACCGUUUAUCUCCUCGAAACCUUCCACAUGCUUUGGCUCUGUUCACCUUGGGGGAGGGAUACCACAACUUCCAUCAUCAAUUCCCCUCCGACUACAGGAAUGGAGUUGAGUGGUAUGACUUAGACUUCACUAAAUGGGCUAUCUGGAUGUGGGGAAAACUGGGCCUAGUGCGAGAUCUGAAGCGUUUCCGGCAAAACGAGAUUGAAAAAGCCAGUUUCCAGCAGCUACAGAAAACCCUAAAAAUGAGGGAACAUCAAUUGCAGUGGGGCCCAUCCCUCGAAGAGCUACCGGUGAUAGACUGGAGGGAAUUGCAAGCAGAGGUCAAAGCCGGGAGGGAAUUGGUUUGCAUCAAUAGCGCCAUUCAUGAUAUAUCUGGAUUCGCUGACGAGCACCCCGGGGGCUCUUCGAUACUAAGAUCGUUCAUUGGGAAAGACGGGAGUGCCGCAUUUAAUGGGGGGGUCUAUAGUCAUUCCAAAGUAGCACGGAACAUCCUCUCAAUGAUGCGAGUUGCCAAUCUUCGUGGCAGUUCUGAGGACAAAUUAGUAGAGAAAAGUCCAGGGGUCUGA